AUGCUGAGCUGCAGCAAUGCAGCAGCAGCAGCAGCGCAGCAGCAGCAGCAGCAGCAGCAGCGUUUUCUUCCGCAGACCCCUUUUGCUUCUCAGAAGGGCAGCGCAGCAGAAAGGAACUUCCUUCUGCUUUUAUUUCUUUUGAACUGCAGCUCAGUGUACGUACAGCUGGGGGACGUUUCGCUUGCGCGCCUGCAGCUGCUGACGGGAAGGUAUCAAAUGGCAGCAGCAGCAGCAGCAGCAGCAGCAGCGCCGCAAGUUGCUGCUGCUGCUGCUGCAGGUGGCCGAGGCGGCAGCAGCAAGCACCGGAGCGCGCUAGUGCAGCAAUGCGAGGCCGACGUGGCUGUGGGGAGCCUGAGCUGUUUGCUGCUGCAGCAGCCGCCGCCUUCUCUGUGCCACAGCAGCGAUUUUGCUGCUGCUGCUGCUGCUGCGCUGCAGUGGACAGCCCCCUGCGCAGCGCGGCGACGCUCUUUGUCUCUUGCUGCUGAUGGUUUCACUCUGCUGCCAUCAACCACGCCGUCCCCGGGCCCCGCCCUGCAGCAGCAGCAGCAGCAGCAGCAGCAGCAGCAGCAGCAGCGGCAGCAAAUGGCACGGCCCAUCGUGGCUGCUGUUGCGGAGGGGCUGGCUCUCCAGGUGGCAGCAGCUUCCGUCACCCAGCCCGUACUGUCGCAGCCGCACAACCGAGCAGCAGCAGCAACAGCAGCAGCAACAGCAGCAGCAGCAGCAGCAGCAGCAAAGUCAGAGACAAGCGCAACGGCAGCAAGCCACCUUCUUUUUGGAGUGGAGUCUCUGCACGUUGAAGAUUGCCUGACUCUGGAGGCGACCCCACAGCCGUCUCCGAGUUGGCUUACGCAGCAGCAGCAGCAGCAGCAGCAGCAGCAGCAGCAGCAGCAGCGGCGGCGGAGCACGCAGGACAGCAGUGGCGGCCACCGUAGACGCAGGCGCCGGCGUACACCCACAGCAGCAGCAGCAGCAGCUGCUGCUGCAGCAGCAACUGCAGCAACCACGACAGAGGUCUUGGCGCUGCCCCCUUGCCGGCCCCCAGGGCGUUUCGCGCUGCUGAUGCAGCUGCUGCCUCCAGAGCCUCCGCAGCAGCAGCAGCAGCAGCAGCAGCAGCAGCAGCAGCAAGUGCAGGGAGUGCCCGCAUCGCGUUGCGCUUCAGCGGAUGAGUGUCAGGCUCCAGGCUCCAGCUCAGCAGCAGCAGCAACAGCAGCAGAAACAGCAGCAGCAACAGCAGCAGCAACAGCAGCAGCAGCAGCAGAAAGAGCAGCAGCAGCAGCAGCAGCAGGAGAGGGCGUGAAGCCCGUGCUGCUGUGCCUCUCUGUGGAGGCGCUGCGGCUGCAGCUUUGCGCAGCUUUGCUUGCGCAUGCAGCUGCCUGGAGCCUGAAGGUCGUGGGGGACUCCGCUGAACUCAGCCGCUGCCUCUUUCCCGCCGAACCCACUAGCCCUUGGCAGCCCCCAGACAGCAGCAGCAGCAGCCCCGGCAGCAGCAGCAGCAGCCACGGCGCUGCUGCUGCUGCUGCUGCUGCUGCUGCUGGCUCUGGGGCUGCGAGCCGCUCCCGCGAGGCCGCUGGGGACUCCGAGAGUUCCGUUGCAGAUGCAACUGCAGAUGAUGGCACUCCCUUCGCUUUUGCUGCUACAGCAGGGGCCCCAUUAACGGACCUCACUGCAGCAGCAGCAGCAGCAGCAGCAGCAGCAGCAACAGCAGCAGGAGCUGCUGGGCGCGCUGCUCCGCGCGAGUUGUCCUGCGAGUCGGCGCCUGCGGCGUCCGCGUGCUCACCGUCUCCGGCAGCAGCAGCAGCAGCAGCAGCAGCCCCCGCAGCUACCUGCACCCCACCGGCUGCUGCAGCAGCAGCAGCAGCAGCAGCAGCAGCCCCUGCUGCUGCUGGGGGCGCUGCGGCGGCGGGGCUUGUGGGGCGCCUCUACGGGGCCCCGCUGCUGCUGCAGAAGAUCUCAGCAGCAAACUGGACCCUGGCAGUGUCCCCCGACGGGGCCCUUUGGCUGACGCUGCAGCUGCCUGCUGCUUCUCUGGCGCUCUCGGGGCAGCAGCAGCAGCAGCAGCAGCAGCAGCAGCAGAGCCUGUGCUGCGCGGGGGAGGGCCUCGCGCUGCACGUGGGGCCCCUGCCCUCGCCCUCCGGCUGCUGCUUCUUGGGGGCCCCCCCCUCGCCCUUAGCUGCUGCUGGUCUGCUGCGGCUGCUGGUGCCUUUGGGCCCCUCUUCCCCGGACUUCCCGCGGGCGCUCACGCUCGAGCUGCUGCCGCAGCAGCAGCAGCAGCAGCAGCAGCAGCAGCAGCAGCAGCAGCAGCAGCAGGGGGGGGGGCUGCGGGCCGCAGCAGACGCGCAGCAGGCCGGGCUGCUGGGCCAGUGGGGCUGUCUUUGCUGCUUAGCUGUUGCAGAAACUUCGAGGGCCCUUCACGGGGGGGCCCAAAUAGUCCGCAGAGACACGGGAGUUCCUUUUGCUGCUGGGGGCCCCCGCAAGUUGCUGCUGCUGCUGCGCCGUUUGCUGCACUCCGCGCACCUCUGCACGCUCCAGGUGUACGUACACCGCGUGGCCCUCCUCGCGGCUCCCCGCGGCGCCCUCGCGGCGGCUCCCAGCAGCAGCAGCAGCAGCAGCAGCAGCGGCAGCGGCUGCGGCUGCUGCGGCUGCUGCUGCUGCUGCUGCGGGGCAGGGGGGCAGCAGGGCGGCUGGCUUGCUGCUGCUGCAGCAGCAGCUUCCCUCAACUUGAGACUCACGCGGGAGGGGCAGCUCCGCUCCGCACGGGCAGCACUCGAGGGCCUCAGGGUCUUUGUUGCGGACACGCAGCAGCAGCAGCAGCAGCAGCAGGAGCUGCAGCAGCAGAGGCGCUGGCGAACAGCGGCAGCAGGCUGCAGCAGCAGCUGCUGCAGCAGCAGCAGCAGCAGACUGGUCCUGUACCAGGCGGUCUCCGGGUGCCCCAGCCCUCCUUCUCUUGCUGAAGUCGCGCUGCUGCUGCCCCGCAACUCGCUGGGAUUCGGCAGCUCCUGGCAGAGACACUUGCCUCCUGUUGUUGCUGCUGCUGCUGCUGCUGCUGCUGCUGCCCCUUCUGCUGCAGGGCGAAGGGGGACCCCCGGGCUGCUGCCUCCGCUGCAGCAAGGCCCCGUGUGGGGCUGGCCAGCAGCAGCGCCUCAGACGCACUCUGCUGCUGCUGCUGUGAACGCCCCGUGGCGCUCUGCUACUACACUGCAGCAGCAGCAGCAGCAGCAGCAGCAGCAGCAGCAGCAGCAGCAAUGGCGUGAGCCUGAUGGAGCGGCUGGUGACUGCUUCGUGGGCUCAGAAGAAGCAGGAGAAGCAGAAGAGGGUGGCCGCGUGGAAGCGUGGCAGCUGGAGCUAGUGCUGCGGCAGCAGCAGCAGCCGUCAGCAGCAGCAGCAGCAGCAGCAGCAGCAGCAGCAGCAGCAGCAGGGAAGCCAGGGGCGGGGAGCGCGGCACAGCCUGCGGCGGCUGCGGCGCCCCCGCUGCAGCUGCGUCAGUCGCUGCAGUGUUUGCUGGUGAUCCCCGAGGUGCACUUGCUGCUGCUGCCAGCAGCAGCAGCAGCAAAGCUGCGCGUGCUGCUGUCGGACUUCUGCGUCGCACUGAAGGAGACAGAAAGAUCUGCUGCAGAAGUGCGGCAGUGUCUCUUCAGGGGCCCCUCGAGUUCUUUGUCUUCUCUUCCUUCUGCUUCUCUUCUUUCUUGCGACAAGUCCUUUACGGAGGGGCCCCUGGAGCCAGCAGCAGCAGCAGCAGCAGCUAGCACUGCAGCAGCAGCAGCAGCGGCAGCAGACGCGGCGGCUGCAGGCCCCGGCGACCCCGAGAGCCAGCUGUACAGCCACCUGACCUCCUUGGAGGAGCUCAGCAGCAGCUGCACGACAACAACCGCAGCAGCAGCCGCAGCAGCAGCAGCAGCAGCAGCAGCAGCAGCAGAUGCUGCAGCGCCAGCAGCAGCAGCACUCGCGGACUUGGGGGCCCUCAAAAAGGCCCCCCCCACAGACCUCCACGGCCGCCGCCGCAGCAGCAGGGGGCCCCUGGUGGCGGGCGAAGGCCCGGGGCCCUCGCUGGCAGCAGCAGCAGCAGCAGCAGCAGCAGCAGCGGGGCCGCAGCAGCAGCAGCAGGCGCAGGGCCUGUGGCUGCCGAUCAUUGGCUCCGCUGCAGCAGCAGCAGCAGCAGCAGCUGCUGCUGCUGCUGCUCAUCAAGGGGCCCCCAGGACUUCUGUCACUGGCCACGUUAAAGUACAUGUCUUCUGUCUUUGGCUCAUGGGGCCCCUCCCAGCUGAGGGUUUGGGGGCCCCCCCCAAGUGGCGGGCUGCUGGGGUGGCUCCCAGCUGUGGCUGCAGCAGCAGCAGCAGCAGCAGCAGCAGCAGCAGCAUAUGGGGAGCAAUGGGCAAGCCGCUGGCUCUGCCAGCAAUUGCAGCACCCGCAGCAACAGGAACAGCAGCAGCAGCAGCAGCAGCAGCAGCAGCAGCAGCAGGGACGGGCGCACAGCGUCUGCUGCGGCUGGCGCCCUCGUGGGCUUGUCCGCACACUCUUCAGUGCAGUGCUGCUGCUGCUGCUUGCGAGAUAGACGCGCGGCUGAUUGCAGAUGAUGUUGUGCUGUUUCCUGCUGCUGCUGCUGCUGCUGCUGCUGCUGCUGCUGCUGCUGGCGGCGCAGCAGCUGCUGCAGCAGGCGACGCGGAGACAGACAGCUGCCCCCCCUCCGCAGACAAAGGGGCCUUCAAAGAAACUGCUGCAGCGCCGAGCAGCAGCAGCAGCAGCAGCAGCAGCGGCAGCUGCUGCAGCAGCGACAGCGACAGCGACAGCAGCAGCGGCAGCACCGGCAGCGCCUACACCGCUUCCAGCGACGCGAGCUACAGCAGCAGCAGCAGCAGAAGCAGCGGCCGCAGCAGCAGAAGCAGCAGCAGCAGCCAAACCGGCAGCAGCAGCAGCAGCAGCAGCAGCAGCAAAACCCUGUGGCUCGAGAGCUGCAUAGAACAGUGGCUGCCAGCCCUCAGACUGGAAGCAGAACUGCGCAGGUGCAUUUUGCUUGGGGGGUCUUUGUCUCUGCCGCCCUCGCCCCUCACCCUGCAGUCUGCAGCAGCAGCAGCAGCAGCAGCAGCAGCUCCAGCAGCAGCAGCAGCUCCAGCAGCAGCAGCAGCAGCAGCAGCAGCAGCAGCAAGGCAAGCGCGGGUGGCGUAUUUGGUGGCCCUGCCGGCCUUCACCUCUCUGCGGCUCUCUCGCCUCGCAAAUGCAUUUCCGACUCAAAGGUAUUUAGUCAUGAGGCACGUAGGCGACGCGCAGCAGCAGCAGCAGCAGCAGCAGCAGCAGCAGCAGCAGCAGCAGCAGCACGAACUCCGCAGCGAAGUAUGGCCGCGCGAGGUGGCGUCCGCACCUGUCGAUUUGUGGGGCAGCAGCACUCCCCUGCAGCAGACUUACAGCGCAGCAGCAGCAGCUCCACCAUCUGCAGCAGAGGCGUGGGCGCUGCGUUCCCAGCAGCAGCAGCAGCAGCAGCAGCAGCAGCAGCAGCAAGUUGAGUUUUGUGUGCUGCUGUUCCUCGCGGACCUGUCUAUACACCCCCUGGUCGAGUCCCCGACUGCCUUCUCAUUGAUUUUGACCUCCAGACGCAAGGGGCCCCCUGAGCAGCAGCAGCAGCAGCUGCUGCAGCAGCAGCUGCUGCAGCAGCAGCUGCUGCAACAGAAGCACUGCGAGUGCCGCAUAGAGGCCUUUCUCUCUCCUGUUCUGCUGCUGCUGACAGCAGCAGAUGCUGCUGCGCUGCUCGCGGUGACCCGCAGCUACUCCGCGCAGCCGACAGGAGCAGCAGCAGCAGCUGGAUUUGCAGCAGCAGCAACUGCUGCUGCUGCUGCUGCACCUGUUCGCUGCAGCUGCAAGGCCACUAGAGCCUUCCGACGGCAGCAAAAGGGGGCGGCGUCUCGAGCGCGGAGUGCAGCAGCUGCAGCAGCAGCAACAGCAGCAGGAACUGCAGCAGCAGGAGGCCGGGCACCCACCUCUGUCCCUGGCGUGGCCCGUGCUGCUGCUGCUGCUGCUGCUGCUGCUGCUGCUGCAUCUGGCUCCGUGUCUGAAGGCGCGCAGUCUGCUUCCCCAUGGAGCUACGGGGCCCCCCUGCAGAGCCGAGGGGGAGGGGGGCCCCUCGGGGGCCCCCUAGGGGGCCCCCUAGGGGGCCCCCUCGGGGGGCCCCUAGGGGGCCCCCUCGGGGGCCCCCUCGGGGGGCCCCUCGGGGGGCCCCUCGGGGGGCCCCUCGGGGGGCCCCUGGGGGGCCCCUUUCGUGGGUGCACUGUGUGGCGAGUGUCGCUGGAAGCUGAAGAGCUGCAGCUGACAGCAGCAGCAGCGCAGCAGCAGCUGCAGCAAUUCGUGCGGCUUCGCUGCAGCGAAGUUGCUGGACAGGCUCUUCGCUCUUCUGCUGCUCCCGAGGAGACAGUUGUCUCUCUCCAGUUUAAACAGGUGUCGGUGCAGGUGACGGAGAGCCGCAGCGACAGGAUUUUGGGGAGCUGCGUGCUGCAGCAGCAGGAGCAGCAGCCGUGUCGGCCUUGGCUGCACGCGCCGCGUUCGGCGUACCAGCAGCAGCAGCAGCAGCAGCAGCUGCUGCUGCUGCUGUGUCCCGUGUCUGUUGCUGCUGCUGCGCAGCCCUGUGUCUCCCCCCCUUCCCUCAGUGUCCGCGUAGAAGGCGACUUGGAGCUGCAGGCAGAUCCUCGCCAGCUGCUGACUCUGAGUGCCCUCAGUGCGCAGUUUGCUGCUGCCCUCAGCAGCAGCAGCAGCAGCAGCAGCAGCAGCAGCAGCAGCAGCAGCAGCAGCAGCAGCGAGGUGCUUUACGUGAGGCCCUACUUGUCGGCUGAGGCUCUGCGGCUUCUGUUCGCCAUGUCCCCAUACACCCCGCCGCUGCCUAUACACCCGAAGCAGCAGCAGCAGCAGCAGCAGCAGCAGCAAAUCUUUUCCUUCUCUCCCCACAUUUCCAGCUGGGCUGCUGCUUACGGCGGCGCCUUUGCUGCGCCUGCUGCUGCUGCUGCAGUCGACGCCCGCCUGCAGCAGCAGCAGCAGCAGCGGGAAAACUGGCUGCGGCAGCAGCUGCAGCAGCAAGCAGCAGUGCCGACUCCUUUCGACGGCUGCUGCAGCGAAGCGGAGGAGUUCGCUGCAGCACCGCAGCAAGCAGCAGCAGCAGCAGCAGCAGCAGCAGCAGGAUACGAAGCAGGCGCAGCUUCUGUCUCUUCUUUGUCAGACAAAGGAGCUGACGAGGGGACACAAACAGCAAGACUUGCUGCUGCUACUGUUGGAGUCCUUUACGAUUUGCGGCAGCUGCCUAGCUACUGCCUUGCUGCUGUCCGAGAGAAUUGUCUGUGGCUGCGCAACAGCAGCUGCCACACGCUGGCCUUUCGAGCUGUGAGCAGCAGCGGCGGCGGAAGCAGCAGCUGGCAGACGGGGGUGCUGCCGCCUUCUUGCGAGGCGCUGCUGCAGCAGCAGCAGCAGCAGCAGCAGCAGCAGCAGCUGUCUAUACACCUGGCGGUCCUCGACGCGUCGCAGCCGCCCUCUCGGGCCCUUUACCUGCCGAGCUUUUCCCAGCUGUCUCCCUUCUUCCCAGAGCAGCAGCAGCAGCAGCAGCAGCAGCAGCAGUUCGUGGGUUCAGCGCCUGCCGCUGCAGCAGCAGCAGCAGCAGCAGCAGCAGCAGCAGGCCCAGGCCCUGCCUUCGGCAGCCUCACAGUCUUCGCCAAAACUGAAAAGGGGCAGCAAAUCAUUGAUGUGGGGUGUCCCCUUUUGGUGCAGAGUCGGCUGCAGCUGCCGGUGGAACUCACCUUCCUCGCGGAGACAGACCCUGCUGCAGACUGGCGCUGCGCGCUGCCGCCAGGCGCUAGCUGCGCAGUGCCGCUUUUUGCUGCUGCCUCUUCGGCUUCUGUUUGCGUGAAGCUGCUGAGUGAGGCGGGCUCAGUGUGGACAGCCUCGUGUGCCUUCAAGCGCUGCUGCAGCAGCAGCAGCAGCAGCAGCAGCAGCAGCAGCACGUGCCUGCUGGCAGCAGCAGUGUCUCCUCAGCGCACCUUCGUCUGCUCCCUCAAGACGCAGCAGCUUGCCGGCUUCUGCUGCUCAGGGGACCCGCAGCUGAGCAGCGCCGACAGCAGCAGCAGCAGCAGCAGCAGCAGCAGCAGCAGCAGCAGCUGCAGCAGCAGCGCGGGCCGCACGCUGCUGCUCACUCUUGAGGAGCCCAUCGCUGUCACCAACGCCCUCCCCUUGCCGCUCGAGGUGCAGCUGCAGCAGCAGCCUCCGCCGCGGGCCUGCCGGCUGCUGCUGCCCCCCGGGGCCCGCCAGGGCCUCACCCUCUUCGAGUGGACCAAUGGUCUCUCGCUGCAGCUGCGGCUGCUGGGGGUGGUCCAGUGGUCUGCUGCAGUCCACAUCCCGCCCCCGGCCAGGCCCGCAGCAGCAGCAGCAGCAGCAGCAGCAGCAGCAGCGGCGGCGGCGGCUAGUACUGCGGCGGCGGCCGGCGGCAGGAGGACGGCGGCGCAGAGCGGCGGCAGGGACGCUGCAGCAGCUGCAGCAGCAGCAGCAGGAGCUGCUGCUGCAGCGGGGGGCGCUGCUGCGCGCAGCAGGGAUAACAGACGCAGCUGCAGCAGCAGCAGCAGCAGCAGCAGCGAGGAGAGCAGGCAGCACAAGGGGGCGGCUGCUGCAGCGCCAGCUGCGGGAGAGAUCCCUUUGCUGCUCCUGGAUGGCUACCCUGCGGGCAGCAGCAGCAGCAGCAGCAGCAGCAGCAGCAGCAGCAGAAUGCUGAAGCCCGCAGGCACCCUGGACUGGGCCGCCCCCUCAGCAGCUGCUGAAGGGGACCCUUCUGCUGCUGCUGCUGCUGCUGCUGCUGCUGCUGCUGCUGCUGGGGAGAGCGAGGCGUGGCAGGCGCCGUGGUCGAUGACCUUUCCCGUCACCUGCGAGCUUCCGCCGCAGCCGCAGCAGCAGCAGCAGCAGCAGCAGCUGCAGCAGCAGCAGCAGCAGCAGGGUGGGGGGGGCCCCCAAAAGGGACUGGGGGGCCCUUCCCGUUUUGUGCUGCAUCCCGCAUUUGUCUUUUGCGCUGCGGCUGAAGGGCAGCCGCAGAUUCACCCCGGAGCUGAAGCCCUUGGGGUGUACAGACACCUCAACUGUCUCCUUGGGACCUCAAGAGACACUCGAGCCCAGCCCUUCCUUCACAGCAGCACAAAUCCAGCUGCGCCGCACCAAGCCCUAUGCAAGCAGCAGCAGCAGCAGCAGCAGCAGCAGCAGCAGCAGCAGGUCAAGCAGCAGCAGCAGCAGCUGCAGCAGCAGCAGCGCAAUUGGGACGCAGCAGGAGACGCUCAGCUUGUUGCUGCGGCAAAAGCUGCACGCGGCUAUCUACGGCAAUGA